AUGGGAAGAUGCAAAUUAUUAUCCCGGCAGUUUUCACUGCUUCUCUGGAAGAAUUACAUUAUAAAGAGGCGGCUGUGGAUAAUUACAUUCCUAGAAAUCAUCUUGGAAUUGCUAUUUGCUAUUAUGCUUUUGAUGUUUCGCAAGUAUAUUCCCACAGAGCUGGUGGAUUCUGUCAGUUACAAUGUUCAACAAAUCACAACCCUACCCUCAUUUUUCCAAACUCCUCCAAGGCAGACUAGCCCAUGGGAGCUGGUUUAUGUGCCAUCCAACAGUGAAGUGGUGAAGGGUAUCACUAAAAGAGUGCAACAGUCUUUAGGCACCAAUAUGAAAGCUCGAGGCUUUACUUCAGAGCAGGCUUUUGAUGAUUACAUUAGGUAUCACAAUGAGUCUUCCAAUGUGCUGGCUGCCAUUGUUUUUGAACAUACCUUUAGCCAUAAAUUGGAACCCCUGCCACUUAAGGCUAGAUACCACCUGCGUUUCAGUUUCUCUCCAAGAAACACAUUGGUAACAGGGAGACUUUUCUUGAUGCCAAAGGAGCCAGAAGGCUGGCGCACAGCCCUUCUCUUUCCACUUUACCCAUUACCAGGACCCCGGAAUCAUCUUUUGAGUGAUGGGGGAAAUCCCGGCUAUGUCUCUGAAGGGUUCCUAGCUAUUCAGCAUGCUGUAGAUAAAGCAUCAUUCGAUAUCAUGGGAAAAGAAUCCGGAAAGUGGCUUGUUGAACAUGUCACUGUCAGUGUAAAGAGGUUUCCAUUCCCACGUUUUGUUUCUGACAACUUCCUUGAGUUCCUGGGCCGGGUGUUGCCCCUGAUAAUUUUACUGAUUUAUUCUUUAAAUGUACUCAUGAUCAUCCGGGUCAUUGUUCAAGAAAAGGAAAAACAAUUGAAGGAAUACCUUCAAAUGAUGGGACUCAGCAACUGGCUGUUCUGGGGUUCCUAUUUCAUCACAUUCUUUGGUUCUUUUCUCAUUACCGUCAGUUUGAUGACAAUGUUUUUCUUCAUUAAGAUUUUUAACCAACCAAUACUUCGCAACAGUGAUCCAUCUUUGGUGUUUAUCUUUCUGGUGUGUUUUGCCAUUUCUUCCCUGUUCUUCAGCUUCAUGAUCAGCACAUUCUUCAAUAAAGCUAAUAUGGCUGUUGCUACAGGAGGGUGUAUAUACUUCAUCACCUACCUCCCAUACCUGUUCAUUAAUUCUCGAUACAACCAGAUGACUCUUAACCAAAAGCUGUCUGCCUGUCUACUCUCGAAUAUUGCCAUGACAUUGGGAAUCAAUCUGCUAGUCAAGUUUGAAAUUAAAGGCGAUGGAGUUCAUUGGGAUAGCCUCAUGGAUGCAGUCAGCAUUGAGGAUGACUUAAGUUUUGGGCAUAUUCUAGAAUGAUGCUAUAUGAUUCUUUGCUAUGCUUUAGUAGCCUGGUAUAUGGAAAGUGUCUUUCCUGGAGAGUAUGGUAUGCCACCAUGGUACUUCUUCUUGAAGCGUUCCUACUGGUAUGGAUACCCCAAACCUCUUUUUAGGAGAUAUAUAGACUCUGACAACAAACACCGUAGUGAAUAUAUGGAAGCUGCUGUAGGAUUGGUGGCUGGAGUACAGAUCAAACAUCUAUCCAAGGUGUUUGUGGUGGGUGGUAAUAUCAAAGAGGCAGUAAGAGACCUGACUCUAAACAUAUACGAGGGCCAGAUCACUGUUCUUCUAGGACAUAAUGGAGCAGGGAAGACUACCACUUUGUCCAUGCUUACAGGUCUUUUCCCUCCUACAAGUGGACAGGCAUAUAUCAAUGGCUUUGAAAUCACAAGGGAUAUGGCUCAGAUCCGAAAGAGCCUGGGUUUAUGCCCCCAGCACGACCUCUUGUUUGAUUACUUGACAGUAGCUGAACAUCUUUACUUCUUUGCUAUGCUGAAAGGAUUUUCUAAAAAGAAGUUAAAUAAAGAAAUUGAUCAUAUGUUGAGUAUUUUUAACCUGGAAGGAAAGCGCAAUGCAUUUUCAACGUCACUGAGUGGAGGGAUGAAGCGCAAACUCUCCAUCAGUAUUGCACUCGUAGGAGACUCUAAGGUUGUGAUGCUAGAUGAACCUACAUCUGGUAUGGAUUUGAUCUCAAGAAGGGCUACCUGGAAUCUCCUUCAGCAACAGAAAAGUAGCCGUACGAUCCUGCUGACCACCCAUCAUAUGGACGAGGCUGACCUGCUGGGUGACCGCAUUGCCAUUAUGGCCAAGGGAGAUCUGCAGUGCUGUGGCUCUUCACUCUUCCUCAAACAUAAAUAUGGUGCUGGAUACCACUUGAUCAUGGUGAAGGAACCUAAAUGUAAAAUUAAAAAAAUUUCCCAACUGAUUUAUAACUAUGUACCAAAUGCCACAAUGGAGAGUAAUGUUGGAGCUGAGUUAUCAUUUAUCCUACCCAAAGAGAAUGCUCAAAGGUUUGAAGAAUUGUUUACUGAACUAGAAGAGAAUCAGGAAAAUCUGGGCAUUUCUAGCUAUGGGGCUUCUGUUACAACAAUGGAGGAAGUCUUCCUUAAGGUUGGUAAGAUGGUGGAUUCCGAGAUGGAUCUCCAAGCCAUCCAACUGUCUGCCUCGAAUAAAGAGUUCCUGAAACAAGCCAGCAGAAUGUCUUUAGAAGGAGAGAAUAUGGGUAUUUAUCUUAGUGACAGUGAUGAAGAGGAUAAAAAACAAGAUGACCAGCAGCACCAUGAGCACCACUACCACUCUGUCAAGUUCAAUACAGGGAUUUAUCUCUACUGCCAGCAGUUCUAUGCCAUGUUGGUGAAGAGAGCUACCUUUAGUUUGCGUAAUUGGAAGUUAAUACUACUUCAAAUUGUGGUACUUCUGACAUUCACUGCCAUACUUCUCAAAGCCAUCACCUUCUAUUCAGAAGUUCGAGAUGACCCUACAUUAGACAUGAGUUUGCGACAAUAUGGCCGAACCAUUGUGCCUUAUUCUAUUACUGGGAAUACUGAACUGAGUCGGAAACUCAGAGAACAUAUUCAAGUUUUGCUAAAGGAUGAGAGACAAGUGCCCCAGAUGGUGAAAGGUAACAUAGAAGAGUUCCUCUUGAAUGGUAGACUGUGCACUGACCGAUGCCUUGUUGCAGUUGAUAUUGAUUCCCGAAAAGAUAAAACAAAAGUCACUGCUCUUUUCAACAACCAGGCAUACCAUUCACCUGCAGCAGCCUUGGCAUUGGUGGACAACAUCCUACUCAUGUCACGUUCUGGUACUCGUGCUUCCAUUAAAGUCUCCAAUAAACCUCAGCCUCGAAGUUCUAUCAGAGCUGCAAGGGAAGCAUACCAUAAGGGCAGUCGUGGACAUGAAAUUGCCUUCAGUUUGUUCUUUGGCAUGGCUGCCUUGGCCAGUAGUUUUUGUCUCCUGACAGUCACAGAGAGAAUCAUUAAGGCAAAGCACCUCCAAUUUGUGAGUGGUGUACGAAUUAUUAAUUUCUGGCUCUCUGCCUUCUUGUGGGACCUCUUCAACUUUAUCAUUCCUUGCCUCCUGCUGCUGGUUGUGUUCAAAUUCUCUGGUGUGAAAGCUUUUGUUGUCGACUAUCAUGCAGCAGAUAUAUUAUUUAUCUUCCUGCUAUAUGGCUGGUCCGUCAUCCCCCUCAUGUACCUGAUGAGCUUCUUAUUUUCUGGUAGUGCCACUGCCUAUGCCAAACUUGUUGUAUUCAACUUCUUUUCAGGCAUGAUCAGUUUCCUCUUUGUCUACAUGGCAGAAUCUAAAGUGGUGGUAAUGGCAAAUUCCUCCAUUGAAACCUUGGAUAAUAUAUUUCUGAUAUUUCCCAAUCACAACCUCGGGCAGUCUAUCAGUGGAUUUUAUGAAAACUACAAAGCCCAGAAAUACUGUACCUCUCGUGCUUCUAAAGAUUGUGAAGAGAAGGGUAUUACAUAUGAGAAGAAUAUUUAUUCAUGGAAGGGUCAUGGGAUCGGAAAAUAUAUUACCUCAAUGGCUGUCUCAGGUCUCAUUUUCCUUCUCGUACUUUUUCUUCUUGAGAGCCAACUCUGGAAAUUGAGAAACAAAUUGAGUCGCUGUUUAUUCUUUCAGUUCUACACAAAGUGGCAUAAGUCACAGCCUCUUGUGUCUUGCUACACAGUCUUUGUUUCUAUGACUGACAUUUCAUUUCCUGGUGGUGAACUUUCUGAAAAGUGGAUGGGUUUAGCAGCACUGCCACCAGAAGAUGUUGAUGUGGUCAAUGAGAAGAAGAAAAUUCGAGACUAUCCUAUAGAAGCAAUUUCAGUCAUGGAGUGUCCACUGAUUCUUAGAGACCUCAUGAAGGUAUAUUAUCGAUGGGUACCCAUCCUGGCUGUGGACAGGAUUUCCUUUGCAGUCAUGAAAGGAGAAUGCUUCGGGCUACUUGGUUUCAAUGGUGCUGGGAAAACCAGCACUUUCAAAAUGUUGACUGGAGAUGAAACCAUAACCAGUGGGGAUGCAUAUUUCGAUGGCCUCAGCAUCAGCAAGAAUAUCAAAACGGUACAGCGACGAAUCAGUUACUGUCCUCAAUUUGAUGCUCUGCUAGACUACAUGACAGGAAGGGAGAUAAUGUAUAUGUAUGCUCGAUUGUGGGGGAUUCCUGAAAAUCACAUCGAACAUUAUGUGAAAAAUAUGCUGAAGUCAUUGCUCCUUGAAUCCAAUGCAGACAAGCUCAUAAGGAACCUAAGUGGUGGCAACAAGCGUAAGCUGAGCACUGGUAUUUCCCUAAUUGGAAGGCCUUCAGUUAUCUUCUUGGAUGAGCCUUCCACUGGCAUGGACCCGGUGGCUCGGCGCCUACUCUGGGACACAGUGAUGCGGACCCGUGAGUCCGGCAAGGCCAUUGUCAUAACCUCCCAUAGCAUGGAGGAAUGUGAGGCCUUGUGCACCAGGCUGGCCAUCAUGGUGGCUGGGAAGCUGAAGUGUCUUGGGAGUCCACAGUAUCUCAAGAACAAGUUUGGUAGUGGAUAUACCUUGGUGGCCAAGAUGAAGAGUGAUAGUACAAAUGCUGAUAUGGAACAGUUCAAGGAGUUCAUCAAGUUCACCUUUCCAGGCAGAUCACUGAAGCAUGAGCACCAAGGAAUGGUCCAUUACAACAUACCCAGCGAUAACCUCAGCUGGGCAAAGGUAUUUGGUAUCUUGGAGAAAGCAAAAGAUGUAUAUAAAUUGGAGGACUAUUCCAUCAGUCAAAUCACUCUAGAACAAGUGUUCCUGAGUUUUGCUGAACAGGGAACAGCAGAAGAUGAAGAAAAUGACUAA